CAAAACAGAACUGAAAGAAAUAGUGUAGCUUUUAAUCUGCAAGCAAAGAGGCUGUCACAAAAAAAACAAGCAGCUUUUGACGUGAUGACACUGCUGAAAGCCACGGUAGAUUUAGGACACACGUGCUUCUGCUUUGACUAAACCCGCUGAGCUGAAAUCCCUGUUGUACAUACACAGUCAUGGGAGGAUCCGGUCCUGAUGAGACUGCGGAUGUGAUCUGUGAUGCUUGCUGGGAAAAAGCUGUAAAGUCUUGUGUGACCUGCAGCGGUUCCUUCUGUCAGAUCCACAUCACUCAACACUACACAGACACAGACCUGCAGAAACACACACUGGUGGAUCUGAAACGACAACAAUCACAAGAUGAUUCUGAUGUUCUGCUGAGAGUCAAAGACAUUCACAAAACCAGCAUGAAGAACAAGUAUGAAAGUUUAUUUGAGGGAAUCCAAGUCCAGGAGAAUAAAACCCUGCUGGACAAGAUUUACACACAACUGUACAUCAUAGAGGGAGAAAGUGAAGGAGUGAAUGUAGAACAUGAGGUGUUACAGAUCGACAAGGAACCAAAGACACUGAAACACUGUAAAUCGAUCCACUGCAAUGACAUCUUUCAUCUCUCACCUGAAUCCAGAUGUGAUGAAGCGAGAAAAGAUGGGAAAGGAAAGAUUAAGACCGUUCUUACUAAGGGCAUCGCUGGAAUCGGUAAAACGGUCUCUGUGCAGAAGUUCAUUCUGGAUUGGGCAGAGGGAACAGCCAAUCAGGAUGUAGAUUUCAUGUUUGUGCUUCCAUUUCGAGAGCUGAACUUGAUUCGAGACGACCGCUACAGUCUUCACAAACUCCUGCUUGACUUUCAUCCUGAACUUCAAGAUCUGCACCUGAAGAUUUAUGAGGGGUGUAAAGUUGUGUUCAUCUUUGAUGGUCUGGAUGAAAGCAGAAUUCAGCUGAAGUUUGCAGACGGUGAGAAAGUUUCUGAUGUGGCUGAGACUUCAUCCGUCGGUGUGUUGAUGUCAAAUCUGAUCAAAGGAGACCUGCUUCCAUCUGCUCUCAUCUGGAUCACCUCCAGACCAGCGGCAGCCAAUCAGAUUCCCUCUAAAUACAUCACACGUGUGACAGAAGUCCAGGGGUUCAAUGACGCUCAGAAGAAGGAAUAUUUCAGGAAGAAGAUCAGCGAUCCACAACAAGCGAGAAGAAUCAUCUCCCACAUUAAAACUUCAAGAAGCCUCCACAUCAUGUGUCACAUACCGGUCUUCUGUUGGAUCUCAGCCACUGUGCUUCAGAACAUCCUGAAACACCAUCACGAUGCAGAAAUCCCUAAAACUCUGACUGAAAUGUACAUUCACUUCCUAAACGUUCAGAUAAAUGUGAAAAGUCAGAAGUACGAUGAGAGAGACGAGAAAGAUCCAGAGAAACUCCUGCAGUCCAACAGAGAAGUGCUUCUGAAACUAUCGGAACUGGCGUUCAACCAGCUGAUGAAGGGCAAUGUGAUGUUUUAUGAGGACGACCUGAGAGAGUGCGGCAUCGAUGCCGCUGAAGCUGUGAGAUAUUCUGGGAUGUGCACACAGAUCUUUAAGGAGGACUCUGUGAUUUAUCAGAAGAAGGUUUACUGCUUCAUACAUCUCAGUUUUCAGGAGUUUCUCGCUGCGUUUUAUGUGUUUCACUCACAUUUAAUAACCACAACCGAGGCAUUGAAGAUCUUCGAUACGCUUCAUACUUUGCUUAAAGGAGCCGUAGAGAAAGCCCUGGAGUGUGAGAACGGACACUUGGAUCUUUUCUUGAGAUUUCUGCUGGGUAUCUCACUGGAGUCCAAUCAGAGACUGUUACAGGGUUUACUGACCCACACAGAGAAGAGCGCAAAGAGCAUCCAGAAAACUACGACCUACAUUAAAAACAAAAUCAAAGAUGGAUGUGGUCUAUCAGCUGACAGAUCUAUCAAUCUGUUUCUUUGUCUGUUUGAAAUGAACGAUCGGACGCUGUACACCGAGAUUCGAGAGUUUCUGAAAUCAGAGGGAAACGCAAGACAUCGAAUCUCUGCCGCACAUUGUUCAGCGAUUGCCUACAUACUUCAGAUGUCAGAGGAGGUGCUGGAUGAACUCGAUCCUAAAAAAUACAACACAUCUGAAGAGGGUCGAAGGAACCUGUUACCAGCCCUGAGAAACUGCAGGAAAGCACUGUUUGCUGGCUGUAAUCUUACGGAUCAGUCGUGUGAAAUUGUGGCUUCAGCUCUACGGCCAUCAAACUCUCCGCUGAGAGAGCUGGACCUGAGCAACAAUGACCUGCAGGAUUCAGGAGUGAAGAUCCUCUGUGCCGCACUGGACAAUCCACACUGUCCACUGGCAAUACUGAGGUUAUCAGGCUGUUUAGUGACAGGGGAAGGUUGUGCCGCUCUGGCUUCAGCUCUGAGAUCAAACCCGUCACAUCUGAGAGAGUUGGAUCUGAGCUACAAUCAUCCUGGAGAGACAGGAGUUCAGCUGCUAUCUGCUCUACUGGAGGAUCCGCACUACAAACUGGACAAACUCAAUCUAGAUCACGGAGAGCAGUUCAGGAUCACACCAGGAUUACGAAAAUACGCAUGUGAUCUCACUGUGGAUCCAAACACGGCACACAUUCGUCUCCUCCUGUCAGAGGGAAACAGAAAGAUAACAUGUGGGCACGCGGAGCAGCCGUAUCCCGGUCAUCCGGACAGAUUCGAGCGUUACGAGCAGCUUCUGUGUAAGGAGAGUCUGUCUGGACGAUGUUAUUGGGAAGUGGAGUGGAACGGCUGGAGUCACAUAUCAGUGACAUAUAAAGGAAUCAGCAGGAAAGGAGGCAGUAACUGCAGGUUCGGACUGAAUGAACAGUCCUGGAGUCUUUACUGCUGCGACACGAUUUACUCUGCGUGGCACAAUAAGAAGAGCACAAACGUUCCUCUUCCUUCAUCUCCCUCUCACAGAGUAGGCGUGUAUCUGGACUGGGCGGCCGGCACUCUGUCCUUCUACAGCGUCUCUGACGCAAACGCUCACACACAAGUAUACUCGCACAUAUACACAUUCCACUCCACGUUCACUGAGCCCCUCUACGCAGGAUUCGGACUUUAUUCUGAUUCUUCAGUUCGUCUGUGUGAGAUGUAAAGGAAUAACAGCGUUCUGAUGAAGCAGGCUGGAUGUCAUGGAGGAAAUAAAGACCCGCAGACCUGGGAUGGACUUUCAUAAGCUGCUCAAAUAUCAACACCCGUGACCUGCGAAACACAUACAACGAAAAGUUCAUUUUGAUCGAUUUACAAACAACACAGAACGCUUGAAUUGCAGUGGUCGCCAAAAUACAAUGAACCUAAUAAAUAAAAACCCACAACAGCAAUAUUAAAGCAACACUUUGUAGUUUUUCAACCUUAAAAUAAUGUCUGGCAGAACAACUCUUAACCGGACAAAUUAUGCGCUGCUACCUGAGCAGCCUUAUAGCGGCUACAACCACACUCUGUAAGUUCUGUGUUGGGGUCGGUACACACAGCCUGACCAUCCCCUGCCUGCGGAAGAUGGUUUCCAAACAACGUUUCUGCAUUCGCUGAAUCGUUGGUUGCAUCAGCUUUCUUAAACAAAUUCACAAUGGUUAGAGAGUCAGAUUUGUGACCAGAAGGUUGCCGGUUCGAUUCCCAGGGCCGGCGGGUAACGACUGAGGUGCCCUUGAGCAAGGCACCCUACCCCUACUUGCUCCCCGGGCGCUGCAGUGAUAGCUGCCCACUGCUCCGGGUGUACGUGUGUUCACUACUCUCUGGAUGGGUUAAAUGCAGAGUCACAUUUCGGGUAUGGGUCACCAUACUUGACAAAUAAUUGAAUUAAAUUAAAUUAAAUUAAAUCAUUUACAACACUGGUAACAAACAAUUGCACUUAUGAACCACAUGGGGGAACCCGUGAGCAAAAGUUCUAAUGUGUCGCUUUAAGCAGUUUUGAUAAAAAAAACAUUUUAAACAUAUUAUUCAAUGGAAUGGUCCAUUCAAACAUUUUAAAUUUAGUUAAAUUGCUGCUGU